CGCUGCAAAUGUGGCCCAAUACCUCCGUGUCACGAUCCGACCUCCGGGGUCAGCCGUCUGGUCGGGCUUCGGUGGGUUGCUGUUCUGCGGCCGUCGCAAUAUCACUUCCUGUCGAAUGUCGUUCUCUCUGGGUGUUGCCGUGUCUCUUGGAAGAGAUACCACUCUCGUCAAUUGAGUGACUGGUUCAAGUGAUGUGUGAGAAUGAUACUUAGAUUGAUCGCUGAAGUACAAAGGUAGUGACUGUCUG